GAACAGUUCUAACCGUUUAAAACUAAACAAGAAACAAGUGUUUUGAACAGUUUUGAAAAUCCUACAAACUACUAUGGGUGAUUCUGACAAAAUUAAAUUACCAAAUGUUGAUGAGCCCAAUCAGACGAUGACAAAUAAGUCUAUCGCCGAUGAUUCCGAAGCCGAAGACAAUUCAGAGGAUGACGGGAAUCUAGAAAUAGUUGUAGAAAGCCCCAUUCGUAAACGUAAAGCCCCAAAACCCACCGAAGCAGAAAGGAGUGUUAUCGGUAGCUAUGAAGAUGAUCUCGAACAGAAGCUUGGUGAAAAAGCAGCCAAGAUGAAUUUUAACGUUAUGCACGUCAAGAAGUUGAUCAGGCAGGUAGUGACCAAUGAAGAAGUGUUGGCCAUGGUUAGGAAUGCGGAGAACCCCAGUGAAGUAGAGCUGGUACCCUCCUAUGAACCAAAGCUCACCAGAGCUAAAGCAAAAGAAUUAUCAACCUCACCACCUGUGCCUAUUACAUGGAUCACACCUGAGCCCCCUGCUGUUGUUCAAGUUCUUGUCAAUGAAGAACUCCCUGAAGAUGAUUCUUCUGAAGAUGAAUAUGUUCCAGGGGAUGUAGUGAAAGCCUUAGAGGGAGAAGAAAUGGAAGAGCAGAGUGGUGGUGAAGAAGAUCAUGACAGUUCAAUCUUCAGUGACCCCCCCUCUGUUGAACCACCUACUCCACCUAUGCUGACUCUCAAUUCAGAUAGCCCUAGAACUGAGUGGACAGAUGAUGGGGUUUUCAAAAUACCCUGGACCAAACCUGAGAAAGUGACCACUGAUGAUGCAACCAUUGCUCUUAGAACAAGGUCAAAAUUGUGCUUGACUUCAACACCACUUGAAGCCAUUGAGGAAGCUUUUGUGCCCCCAGAUAUACCUCCACCUGCAGAUACAGACAUGGAUAUAUGUGACAUGGAAUGUGAUAAUGAGGAUUGGAUGGACUUUCUGAAAAAAUUUACUCUUCCCUUAGAUGAGGUUGCUAAACCUACAGAAGAUGAAGAGCAAGAUCCAGAAUACAAUGUGUUAGCUGAUGAAGAAAUUGAUAAGGUUGAUAAAGAGGAGCUAAGAGUGGACAAAGCUGUCAAGGUUUCUAAAAGGGAACUGGUAGAUUUGAUUGCAGAGUUGUUUGAUGAUGAAGAUUUUGAGAAUGAAAUUGAUAAAACACAUGAUGAGGAAAAUGAAGAAUUUCAUGCUUCACAGACAGUUGAAGUUGUGGAAGGAGAAAGCAAUGUUUACAUUUUGAUAGACAGCAAGCAAAUUCCCCUAUUGCAACAACAAAUGGCACAGCAUGUUCAAAUGCUGACUCAAAAUUUCAUACUCACUUAUAAACAUCCUGAACUGCAUCAGUUAUCUGUAAAAUUGAAGGAAUAUCUGUUGAAUAUAAAGUUUCUUGGUGAUGGAAAGGAAAAUUCAUUUUUUCAUGCCAUCAAUUUGUCAACAUCUUUGGAACUUCUAGACUAUUGGGAACAGUUAUGGGCUACUGAUAGUGAUGAAGUCAAGAAAAUGAAUAUGCAUAUAGAGCAGACCAUAGCUAGAUCCAUUCAUUGUCACCGAACUGGAACUGAGUUCAUAGUUACAUUUCCAUCACUGAUUUUGGAAACGAUUUCUAAAAGUAGUGCCUUUGUUUACCCUUCACUUUUACCGAAAAUACCAUUCAAGACACCAAAAAUAGCUGUUAAACAAUGCACCUACUACACAGAAUCAGAAGAUCACUUGAUUUCUAUGGGUCUGGAACAAUUCGUGCCGAUAGUAACAAGAGAAAAAAGAUUUACCAAAAAUGGUUGGAGCCGUAAAACGGGUGUCCCUGUAUGCGACCUCAUCCAUGAACACAUGUUGACGUACCGGGAAUCCAGGAAAAUUCUCGUCCAUGUGAAUUAUGCCAAGCACAAUAGGUGUGCUAACAAUCCCAUCAAACACUAUUUUCAGUUCGGCAGAUCCUUACCUUUCACCCACUACGUAACCCCUCUGGGGCAAUUAUUGCCCCCUUGUAGAAGGUCCCCUGAAGAAUUGCCUCAUCAGUGGAAACAAUUUAUUCAUCCUAAAUUGGAUAUUUCUUCAACAAAUUCGAGACCUGUAAAUGCUGUUGUACCUAUCCAGAUUGAACAAUAUUGUUUGCCAGGGUCAGGACUAUAUCCUUUCAUAUUGCCAAAACAGUUGCCAGUUUAUCCAUCUACUGGUGCCUCAUCAGGCAAAAGGAAAAGCCCUAGAUUGGCCAAACGAAGAUAUCCAAAUACUAAAUUGAACAGAAAUGUGAAUGUUGAUCCUAUCACUAAAUUUGUUGCAAUUCUCAGUAGGCCUUCACAAAUUAGCAAGAUACUGCAACUUUAUUCUCCUCUUUCAACUCCAGAGAAUUCACCAAAAAAGUUGCAUAGUUCUGAAAAGGAAACUGUAAAAGUAAUGAAUAAUAUAACAGUUGGUAGAGAAGAUCAUACAAGUCAAAUUCCCACAAUAUUUCCAAGUAUGCCAAUGUUAGGGACCCCAGUAAAAAAUCAGAAUGAUUUGACUACACAAGAAGUGGAAUUGAAUCUGGGUAAAAGAAUUGUUAAUCAAGACCCUCCAAUGAUGAGCAGCAAAAGUUUUCACCAAGAGGAAAUUGAAAAUGAGAUGGAGAUUUGUGAAAAACCUGACCAGUCCACUGGGUGCACUGUGAACAAAAAAUCAAUAGAGGAAACAACAGGAAAAGAUAAUGUGAGUGAUUUGAAUGCUUUAAUGGUGGCCAGUUCAACUGUUAAAAACACAAUUAAAAAAGAACCAUCUGGUGCAGAGAAAAGGAAAAUGAAGUUGAAGAAAGAGUAUCUUGCAAAUAUUACUCUUGCCACUCCAGAGGAUGCUGUUACUGAGAAGCAGAAGAAUGAAGACUUUGCUUUGGCAUACUAUGAUAAGAUGAGAGAAAAGCUAGAAAUAGAAGAUUACCGCAAAAUUAUCGUCAUCCUCAAUGAUCACGACAAAGGAGAUGCCGUGGAUCUAUACAAAAAAAUCGAGGUCAUCCUUAGACCCAAAUACGUGGAACUGGCAGACGAAUUUCUCUUGUUUCUGAGAGCCAAAGAAGCGGCGGCCGUGGAUCGUCUGGUACCGUGGAUCAGAAUGAACAAUCGAGCCAAGUUUUUGAAAAAACUGGAAAUCUACUUCAAGGACCAGCCAUCGCAAUUGAAGAAGGUCUACACGUGCUUGACGGAACUUUCGCAGACCCAAAAUCACUCCAGCGAAAAAAUCAAGAGCAGUCUCUUGCCAAUGUUCAAGGGCAACUCCUUGUUGAGCGAUUUGUUCUUGCAGAAUUUCCUAGACGAACCUCCUCCACCAAGUUUGUUGGAGGGGCCCUACGAAACUAUCGACAUCGCCAAAGAAAUGUCGAAGAGCAUGGACGAAGAGGAAUUCGAGACUGUCACCGUACCUGACGUCGAAGACAAAUAUGGGGGCCCAACGUGUAUUUGCACUUGUCACGAAAUUGAAGAUCCCGAAUUCCAAUCCAGAUAUCGGCACUGUUUCAAAUGUGGGACGAAGUUUGUAAACGGUAGGGUCUUUAUUCAAUCGGGAAAAUGUCUGCGUCCUGCUUCAGUUUCAUUCCUAACUAAUCCUAAUGUGGAUCACAAUAUUAGGCUGAUGGGGAAGUCCUCGAAUGUUAUCCAGAAAAAGAAACGUUCAGACAGUAGUCCAUCCAAACAGACUGCUUCUUCGUCAAAGGAAAUCGUGGAUGAUGAAACCGACGACGACCUGGACGGCAAAAGAAAACCGAAAAAGAAGCCCCCGAAACGGCCGAAAAAGCAACCAGAAAAAUCCCCCGACCCUGCCAAACAGCCCUCCCUACCCACCAAGCCACGACCUCGGACCUCCAGUCUCGCCAAGGAUUCCAAACCGGCGGCGAAGAGGAAGCCCGGCGCCGGCAAAAAGCCGCCGGACGACCGCAAGCCGGAAAAGACCGAGACCGAGACGGAGGAGGAAAGGGGGGCGAGCUCAGAGGCGAGCAAGCCGGGGGCCACCGAGGGUCAGCAGAAGCGGCCGGCGGACGAUUCGCUGGAGUGGGGGGAGCACAGCACGGCGGGGGAGUCUUCGGGAGAGGUGAAGCCCGGCAGCCCCGACCAGCAGACCGCCGAAUCCGAGAGCGAAUUUUGUGAAGAAUCUUCUCAAGACAACUGCGAAUCGGACAGCAACUCCAGCGUGUCUUCUUUCACCAACCAGGAGCAAUCCUACAAGUUGUCGUCGUCUUGGAGGAGAGAAGAGGACAAGGUCAUCUUGGAAGUGUUCCAAAAGGAAAAUGACAAAGACAAUGCGUUCCGAAUUAUCGCGGGUGAACUCAAAAAUAGGACUGUGGACGAGAUUAAAUCGCGUUUCAAUGUGCUCAUGAAAUUGUUGAUGGAAACGAUCAGGCAUAACUGAAGUGCAAAUAAUGGAAUUUUC